AUGUUCAACCGCGACAGGCUCCCAGGGCUUCCCGGAAGCUCUCCACGGCCUCCGCCACGAAACGACGGCUACGGGCAACCACCGCAACAGCAACCUCGACAACCUCCCCCGCAACCUGGCUACGAUUCAAGAAUGGGAGGUUAUGAUGAUCGCCAACAGCAGGGCUAUGGUGCCCCCCAGCAGCGCAUGCCUGCCAGGGCACCCCCGGGCGGCAGCGGUUCUGCUCGACAGUUGCGCCCCAUCAAGAGCCCUGGAGGCAACGCAUAUGCCUUUGGCAACUUGGUUGCAGUCUCCCCGCAAGAUUACCCACCGACACCUGACGGUAGCGACAUCUACAUUCUCCUAAACGGCAAUUAUGUCUUGUCUGCAAGACCCACUCAAGGCUGCCAGCCUGGCGAGAUCGGUCUCACUGAUGCGCAGAGAACCUGGGCAGGCAUCACGCUCGGCCCGCAGGACAUGGUCACCGUACAGCCCUACGACGCGUUCAGCCAAGCUGGCGGGCAAUCAUACUUAGGCGGGGUCGAAGUCGAGGUCGGCUUUGCUGCUAGGAAGACGACGGAUGUUCCUUAUGAUCAAGACGAGCUUGCGACGCAGUUCAAGAAGAACUUUGAAAACCAGCUUCUUGCGCCCGGCCAGCAGCUUCUGUUGGACGUCAAGAACAUUCCUCUCCGAAUGUCGAUACGAACAGUGCAGCUUGUGGAUCUUUCUAUGGAGAAGUCAGACACGUCUGCCCCACCUUUGACGGACCCAAGAGCUCGAGGUAUCCUCACCGCGCACACCCAGGUCGACUUCUUCAAGGAUGCCCGAACAGAUAUCAAGCUGAAGGCGUCUAACAGGCGGCCUGCUGCUAACUCGAUCAUUCAGCCGGGCUUCAAGUUCGAGGACAUGGGCAUUGGUGGUUUGGACACAGAGUUCAGCGCCAUCUUCCGAAGAGCCUUUGCUUCUCGUAUCUUCCCUCCUGGUCUAGUAGAGAAGCUGGGCAUUCAGCACGUCCGAGGUAUCCUCCUCUACGGUCCUCCAGGUACCGGAAAGACUUUGAUCGCCCGACAGAUUGGAAAGAUGUUGAACGCUAGAGAACCCAAGGUUAUCAACGGUCCCGAGGUGUUGAACAAAUAUGUCGGUCAGUCUGAGGAAAACAUCCGCAAGCUUUUUGCCGAUGCCGAGAAAGAGUACAAGGAAAAGGGCGACGAGAGUGGCCUCCAUAUCAUCAUCUUCGACGAACUGGACGCUGUCUGCAAGCAGAGAGGAUCCAGCGGUGGUGGCACUGGUGUAGGUGACAGUGUUGUCAACCAGUUGCUCUCGAAGCUGGAUGGUGUAGACCAGCUGAACAACAUCCUGCUCAUUGGUAUGACCAACCGAAUGGACAUGAUCGAUGAAGCACUUCUGCGAGCAGGACGUCUGGAAGUACACAUGGAGAUUUCGCUGCCAGAUGAACAGGGUCGAGCCCAGAUUCUGAAGAUUCACACGACGAAGAUGCGCAAGAACGAUAUACUAGAGUCGGACGUCAACACCGACGAGCUAGCUAAGCUUACCAAGAACUUCUCAGGUGCCGAACUCAACGGUCUGGUAAAGGCCGCCUCUUCGUUUGCCUUCAGUCGACACAUCAAAGUUGGCACAAUGGCAGCCAUCAACCCUGACGUUGAGAACAUGAAGGUGAACCGACAAGACUUCUUGCAGGCACUAGACGAAGUGAAGCCGCUUUUCGGUGUUGCGGAAGAGGAGCUCGGAAAGCGUAUUCGUGGUGGUGUUAUUCACUACUCGCCUUUCAUCAAAGACAUCCUGGACGAAGGACGCUUGUACAUCAACCAAGUCAGGAAACCUGGUUCGACACCCAUCCUCUCCGUUGCGCUCCACGGCCCACCCGGAAGUGGUAAGACAGCCGUGGCCGCGAGGAUGGCCAUUGACUCGGGCUUCCCGUUCAUCAAGCUUGUGUCACCUGAAGACAUGGUUGGGUUUAGCGAGAUGCAGAAGGUACAGCAGCUCGACAAGGUCUUCCGGGAUGCGUACAAAAGCCCACUCAGCGUCAUUGUGAUUGACAACAUCGAAAUGCUUGUUGAUUGGGUGCCAAUCGGACCGCGGUUUAGCAACACUGUGUUAGUUGCGCUGAAGGUCCUGUUGGAGAAGCAGCCACCCAAGGAUCGUCGCCUGUUGAUUUUCGCAACCACGACCGAGCGCUCGGUACUCACCCAGCUAGACUUGUUCAGCCGCUUCGAUGCCGAGAUUGCGGUGCCGAACGUCAACACGCAGGCCGAGCUUGCACAUGUCCUCCAGGAGUCUGGUGCGUUCUCGGACCGGGACCAGCAACGUGCAAUCAGUGAGAUCCAAGAGAUCACCGGAAGCACAGAGAUUGGGGUCGGAAUCAAGAAGAUCCUUACGGGAAUUGAGACGGCGAAGCAGGAUCAGGACGUUCCUGGCCGCUUUGCAAGGGUCAUGUCGCGAGCUAUUGCUGCGAACAGAGUAUAA